UACAAUUUAUCACAUAUUAUUUGAACCCCGUUGCUUCUGUUUUUCCUGCGGUAACUACGCCAUUGAUUCCACUCAAUCAAUCGAUCAACAUCUUAACGAUAUAUUUAUAUUAAACGUAAUAUACACCGACUGAAAAAUACUAUUAAAAACGUUAUAUUUUUUUGUCGGUUUAUCAAUGAGAGUCGGGAUCAACGACAAAGCAGAUACGGCACCGAAGUUAGCGGUGGAAUUUUUCUUUCAAAGAAAUCAUCACCGCACACGUUUUUCCCGACACCGGGGGAAAUGUUGAAAACGAAUGUUACGAUUUUAUCCGCAAUCCUUAUCGUUCGUGAUCACCAUUACGUUUUCACAUUGUUUUCGCCCUCGUCGCGUAACCAAUUUUAUUUUACAGAUAAGCCAAUAGACGACGGAACAAAACGGAACCCGGACGAGUAAACAUUUAAGGUAUUCUUCCGAACGAGUAAACGUUCAAGAUAAUCUUCCGGAGGACCUUGCGAACGUAAAAUAAUUGUAACAACGCCGAAUACUUUUUUACCCGAAUAAUAAACGCACAACUGGCAAUAAUAUUUUACCGUUUAUCGACGCGAGUACGUAUUCUAACGUGGACGUAGUGACGCGUUUAGCAGAUAGGGCAUAGUACCAUUUCACCUCGCCGUCACAUUGCGGUCAGGGCCGUCGAGUCAUUUAUUAUUAUUUAUUCACAUUUUUGUUUUUUUUUUUUUUUGUCUAUCGAAACGUGUUUGAAAUAUUAUCACUUUUUUUUUUUUUUAUCAUCAGUAUUCACUACUGCUGCUAGAUCAGUUUUCACAAAGUGACCCGUCCACUGUCCACUGCGCAGCAGUGAACUGCUCCGCUGGAAUGUUGAAUAUUAAUUCGAGUUUCAUUCCCACGUCUUCUUGCCCAGGUAGUUUCUACUUUUUAUACUUCAUUCUCUCUUCGUUCUAGAAUCCGGAAUAAAUUAUCGAAUUUAGUUGAACAUCAUCGCGUGUGCGCGCAUAUCGUUUUAUUCGGCGGCCAAACCAGUCAGUCGUGACCGUUUCCACCUCGUGAAGUGCCCGCCUGUAUUGCACUGCCUAUGCCUACUGUUCUCUUUGUAUCGCGUGCGUCGCACUGACUGUCGUGCCCGUUGUAAUCAUGCAAAACGUUAUUAACUCUGUCAAAGGCACUGCGUUGGGUGUCGCUGGAUUCUUAACACCGGUGUUGAAGGAGACAAGAUUCAAAGAAACGGGUGUUAUUACACCGAAUGAAUUUGUAACUGCUGGUGACCAUUUGGUACAUUCAUGUCCGACUUGGGAAUGGGCUUGUGGUGACGAUUGCAAAAUUAAAUCUUAUUUGCCAAAAAAUAAACAAUAUUUGAUAACAAAAAAUGUUCCAUGCUUACGCCGAUAUAAACAAGUUGAGAAUUGUGAAAUUCAAGAAAAUAUUGUUGAAUCAGAAGGAGGCAAUGAAGGAUGGGUUGAAACUCAUCAUUUUGAUCCUUUAUCUUUGAGUGAAGAAAUAUCUGAUUUAUUAAUUACAGACGAUGUCGGUAAUGAUGAUCAAAUUUCUAAUAACGCAUCUGUAGAAAAUAAAAAUAUAAGAAGUUAUUUAGCUGAUGAUGAUGAUGAUGAUAGUGAUGAAGGUGAAGCUAUGGAUAUGGAUGCAUUUGUAGAGAGUGGUUUACUUGAAGAUGAAUCUGCAAUUGUUUAUCCAGAAAAAAAAAAGGAAAAAGAAAUAUUAAGUUCAUCUUCUGAUGCUAUAUUGAAAACUAGAACAUAUGAUUUACAUAUUACCUAUGAUAAGUUCUACCAAACUCCUAGGUUGUGGCUUUAUGGAUACAAUGAAAACCGAGUACCUCUAAGUGUUGAAGAAAUGUAUGAAGACGUGAGCCAAGAUUAUGCAAAAAAAACUGUUACCAUGGAAUCCCAUCCUCAUAUUCCAGGUCCACCGAUGGCCUCUAUACAUCCCUGCAAACAUGCAGAUGUAAUGAAAAAGCUAAUCAAGAUGGUGGUUAAAGGAGGCAAACAUAUAAAAGUGCACAUGUAUUUGAUUAUAUUUUUAAAAUUUGUUCAGUCAGUUAUUCCAACUAUAGAUUAUGAUUAUACUCAAAACAUUAAUUUAUAGUAAUAAUUUAAUUGUUAAAAUAUGAUUUUAUGAAAAUGUUAUGGUAUGGUUUAUUUU